AUGUCAGCUGUGGACCCCGGGUCCCCACGACCCACCAGUUCCACCCCCUCACCCAAGACCGGGCCCAAGAGUAUUUACCAGUCUGCCCAUAACUCCCCCGGCCACGGAACACACUCUUUCACCGGCAACAGUAACACAUAUCCACCGUCCCAGGCGCCCUACUCAGGUGGGCGCCGACAGGACAGCACCACCGACGACGAGGAUGACGGCGACGACGAUUACUCCUCACCCCUAGUGACGCCGCCCAUGUCAUCUCCUCUCAUCAAACGCCGGGGGAGCGAUGAGAAACGCACGCGACGUCGAAUGGAGAGAAAUGUAGACGAGAAGGGCGUUCGGGAA